AUGUUACUGAACCAGAUGUCUGUGUGUCAGGGGAGAAGCUCCACCUGGUAUCUGAUGCUACUGAGUCAGAUGUCUGUGUCAGGGGAGAAGCUCCAGCUGGUAUCUGAUGCUACUGAGCCAGAUGUCUAUGUGUCAGGGGAGAAGCUCCAGCUGGUAACUGAUGUUACUGAGCCAGAUGUCUGUGUAUCAGGGGAGAAGCUCCAGCUGGUAUCUGAUGCUACUGAGCCAGAUGUCUGUGUGUCAGGGGAGAAGCUCCAGGUGGUAUCUGAUGCUACUGAGCCAGAUGUCUAUGUGUCAGGGGAGAAGCUCCAGCUGGUAUCUGAUGUUACUGAGCCAGAUGUCUAUGUGUCAGGGGAGAAGCUCCACCUGGUAUCUGAUGUUACUGAGCCAGAUGUCUAUGUGUCAGGGGAGAAGCUCCAGGUGGUAUCUGAUGCUACUGAGCCAGAUGUCUAUGUGUCAGGGGAGAAGCUCCACCUGGUAUCUGAUGCUACUGAGCCAGAUGUCUAUGUGUCAGGGGAGAAGCUCCAGCUGGUAUCUGAUGUUACUGAGCCAGAUGUCUGUGUGUCAGGGGAGAAGCUCCAGGUGGUAACUGAUGUUACUGAGCCAGAUGUCUAUGUGUCAGGGGAGAAGCUCCAGGUGGUAUCUGAUGCUACUGAGCCAAAUGUCUGUGUGUCAGGGGAGAAUCUCCAGGUGGUAUCUGAUGCUACUGAGCCAGAUGUCUAUGUGUCUGUGUGUCAGGGGAGAAGCUCCAGCUGGUAUCUGAUGCUACUGAGCCAGAUGUCUGUGUGUCAGGGGAGAAGCUCCAGGUGGUAUCUGAUGCUACUGAGCCAGAUGUCUGUGUGUCAGGGGAGAAGCUCCAGGUGGUAUCUGAUGCUACUGAGCCAGAUGUCUAUGUGUCAGGGGAGAAGCUCCAGGUGGUAUCUGAUGUUACUGAGCCAGAUGUCUAUGUGUCAGGGGAGAAGCUCCAGGUGGUAUCUGAUGCUACUGAGCCAGAUGUCUGUGUGUCAGGGGAGAAGCUCCAGGUGGUAUCUGAUGCUACUGAGCCAGAUGUCUAUGUGUCUGUGUGUCAGGGGAGAAGCUCCACCUGGUAUCUGAUGCUACUGAGCCAGAUGUCUAUGUGUCUGUGUGUCAGGGGAGAAGCUCCACCUGGUAUCUGAUGCUACUGAGCCAGAUGUCUGUGUGUCAGGGGAGAAGCUCCACCUGGUAUCUGAUGUUACUGAGCCAGAUGUCUGUGUCUGUGUA